AUGGAUAUAUUAUGCCCGAUCAUUUCUGGCGGUGUACUCGCGGAUCCAGACCCGUUCGACACAUUCAACGCGCCACAAGGGUACACAUGGAUGGCUGUGCGCUCCGCCGACGAUGCGAGCACGCCCUCUACCUCUAUGUGCGGCGGCAGCUACUUCCCCCGGUACCCUUUCAAUGAAGGUGCGAGCACCUCUUUCUCUCCGUACGCCGACACUGCCGAUGGCAGUCAUCUCGUUGAAGUUGGAUCUCCGUCUGUGGCUGUUCCCUCUCGGAACGGUAGUACUCUGUGUCCUAUCCGUAUGGCGGAUAGUGGUUCUACUCAUUGUACGUGCGCCUACGGUGUAGGCAGUUCUUCGUGUUCUGACCCGCACGUCGCGGGUGGUUCCCCUUUGUCAUCGCAACCUGUCUUUGUGCAAGGUUGCGAAUCUACCGGUCAUCGUCUCCCGUCAUUGAGUCCGAAUAUUGCAUAUACAUUGAGUACCAUGUUUCCUAUACAUUCCUCAUCCUUCCUGUUCACAACUGAUGCCAACGAGGACCUGCUGGUGAGAACAGCCAAAGCACAUGGCAUUGAGACCGACACCAUUGCACUUUGUAUGCAGCGAGAAUUGAAAUCUGUAUAUUGA